AUGGCUACCAACGCAACAGCCACUCAGCCAUUGGACCCAGAAUGGGCAGCUGAAAGCAACACUGAGAGAAUCAUGGCCGUUGUGACUAUAUUUCACGUUUUGGCAAUGACCAGUGUUUGCUUGAGGUUGUACGCCAGGAUAUGGAUGAUCAAAGCACCUGGGUGGGAUGAUUGGGUCAUGUGCCUGUGUGCCAUAUGUGCUGUUUGCGGCUGGAUCGUGUUUGUGAUCCAGGCACACUACGGUCUAGGCAAGCACUUCUUGACGAUCGACAAGGACGACUAUGUAAAAUUCCAACACGCUGGAUGGUUUCAAUCAGUACUCUCCGCAGCUCUGUCCAUGAUGUUUCUUAAGAUCUCCAUUGGUCUGAAUUUACUCCGAUUAGGGGGAAAUAAAUGGUAUACCUGGGCCUUGUGGGCAACAAUUGUUAUUACCUUCAUCCAGUCCGGUAGUGGUGUUUUCACAUUCACGUUCUACUGCCAACCAACAGCAGGAUUCUGGGAUAAAAGUCUGAAACCAAGGUGCUGGCCUUUGGACUUGUUCAUCCGUCUAGGCGUCAUGAACACGGCUCUAAACAUCGUCACUGAUGUUGUUCUCGCUACGUUGCCGAUUCCUCUGGUCUGGAAUCUCCAGAUGAAACGCAAGGUGCGGUUAUACGUGAUUGGAAUUCUGAGUCUCGGAUAUUUUGCUGUCGGCCUAGGUAUAGUGAAAGCCUUCUAUCAACUUGCAAUGGGCGCAGAUAAGGACAAGACCUUUGAACAGGGUAUUCAAUUCUGGGGAUUUCUUCAACUGCAAACCGGAAUAGUUGCAGCUUGCGCACCAGCAUUGAAACCUCUGGUCAGCCGUAUGCUGAAACUGUCCUCGUACGACGACUACACACACGAAACCUACGGCGAUCAGUCUCGAAGGACCAGAAUUGGCGAGGGCACAAACCAAACGCAAGGUCCAAGAGAUCAAUACGAGCUGGAUAACCUAGGGGACAGCGACAGCGCCCUGAGCAAUACCAAGGGAGAGACUACGACUACGGCCGAAUUUUACAAAAACGCCACCCGUGACGGAGCAGGGAGCGAGGAAAGGAUCCUGGAUUCUGGCCAGAGCCACGGCUUGAAGGGAAUUGUCAAGACCACCGAGGUGACUGUGAGGUAA